AUGAUGAAAUCUGUGUUUGUUGUAUCUGUGAUUGCGGCCUUAGUGCUUAUGCCAUAUCAAGAAGUAGCUGCAUUCAAAAUUAUCUCCAUAAAUACAGGUUCAUCGGCAGUAUCUUCUUCCUCCUCAUCCGCAUUUAAUCCUGCCUCCCUUUUGCAAGGCCUCACCUCAGGCAUUUCCAGUAAAUUGCAAUUGGUCCAAACUUUGGUACAAACAAAACUGUCUCUGCAACAAAAUAUUUUGAACUCCUUGCUGGGCAAUUUGGGUAACAUUAAGACUCAAGCUACAAGUUCAGUUGGACAAUUCCGAUCACCUUUGACCAUUAGCAAACAAAUUUCCAUUGGCUCAUCAUCAUCUUCGACAGCAACAACUGAAUCUUCGACAUCGACAACACAUGAAUUCAACAUAUAUCCAGUUAGCCGCAAGCAUUCAAUUUACACUGCCUCGCAUAAUAAAUAUGAAAAAGAAACUGCCGAUGCUGGUGCUUUCAACAAUGGCGGCAAUUCCACAUCUGGAGGAUUUGGUGGCCUGCUGACAUCGGCAACACAGAGUAUUUUCACGAAUAUUAUUACUAAAAAGAUACAAACUAUUACUCAGGCUUUGACCACUGGUCUCAGUUCGGCUAGUUCCGGUUCGAGUGGUGGUUUUGGAUUCGGCGCCAAAACCGGUUUAUUCACCAACCUUUUGAGUACAAAAUUGGGUGGUGGUGGUAGCAGUUCCGGUUCCUACAGCAGCAGUAGUUCCAGUAGCGGCUUUGAUCUAAGUUCCAAAACAAAUUUGGCUACAAGUUUGUUGAGUAGUAAAUUAGGAUCGGGAUCUUCUUCCACCUCCUAUAGCUCUUCCAGCAGUUCUUCAUCAUCGAGUAGUUCCAGCAGCAGUGGUGGUGGUCUUAGUUUGAUUAAAAAUUUGGCCACCGGUGUUGUUAGCAGUAAAUUAGGUGGUGGUGGAAGUUCAAGCAGCAGCAGCAGUGGUGGUGGUAUUUUAAGUGGUUUCAUUGGUGGAGCAACGGGUAUUGCUACAGGUACAACCACAACUACUACAACUACAACCCAAGCUCCAACCACAACAACUACGACGACCACAACCACAAUCACAAAGGCCCCUGAAGUCAGCAUUACCUCCACUACGGAAGGUUUAACAGAAGAUAAGGAUACCGAUUUUGGUACAGUCUCAACUGAGAGUAGUGUCAGUUCCACUUCAGGUUAUGUUUAUAGUACCACCGAGGCCCCUGAAAUUACAACUAGACGCCCUGAAACCGGUAGUGCUUUAUUAAAUGCUGCCAUUGCAGCCACAACAAUUGAGGACAAUGAUGAUGAUGAUGAUGUUACCACAACAACAACCACUACCUCUGAAACUACACCAACCACGACUGGUGGUUCGGUUGGCGGUACAAUUGUUUUCCCUGCUGAUAAGGAAAUAACAACAACAACGACUGGAGAUAGUGACAACAAAGGAACUGAUGAUGGCCAGGAUAAUGGUUACAGUUAUAGCACGAAUUCCAACAGCCAGGUGUCGAAUGGUAAUAAGGAUGGUUCCACUGGUUCUGGAAAUUCUGGAUACAGCUACACCACAACAACCCAAACUUCGACCACUGGUAAUGCUGGUCUAGGUGGUAAUCAAGGUUCCACAACUCUAACCUCGGAAGAAAAGGGUGCCGAUAAGGUUACCACAACUGACGGUGAUUCCGGAUAUACCUAUACUACAACUACCCAAACUUCGACCACAGGUAAUGCUGGUCUCGGUGGCAAUCAAGGUUCCAUAACUGGUGAAAAUACUGGCUCAGGAUAUAGUUAUACCACCACCCAAACCUCGGAAGAUAAGGAAGCAGAUAAGGUUACCACAACUGGAGGUGAUUCCGGCUAUACCUACACCACAACUACCCAAACUUCUACCACAGGAAAUGCUGGUCUAGGAGGUAAUCAAGGUUCGAUUUCCUCGGGAAAUUCCGGUUCAGGUUAUAGCUAUACUACCACCCAAACAACUGAAGAAAAGGAAGGCGAUAAGACCACAACAACCGGAGGAAAUGGUGGCCUCAGUUACACCACCACAACUACCCAAACUUCUACCUCAG